UGUUGUUUAAACUAUUGCGGAUUUACGUCAGUUAUGUUCCAUUAGACAUACACUCAUAAUCAACAUCGAUAAAGAUUUGCAAAACGCAGAUGACCGUCGUUCACAGCUCUAUCACGAGGGUUGCAGGCAGUGCAAACUCAUCUCGACUCUAAUCUGCGUUCGAUUGAGACUUCCUGUGUGGCAGCACUGAGAGCAGGCGAGCGCGUAAUCAGCACUGCCUACAGACUAGUUCACGGUAACACUCUCUAAAAUUGCCGCCUGGACCGACAAAAGUAGUCGUUUGGACUUCAGCGGGAAUGAAACGCUUUAUUCUCGCUAUAAUGUUGUCGGAUAGACGUUGAGUGCGAGAACUAGACAGCAAAGAGAUCCUCGGUGCGGGUCAAGCACAUCUCACCCGACCAACUGAAAAAGGAGGAGAGGCCAAAAAAGACAACUGCAACUGGAGGAAAAAAGUGUCUACAAUCCUCACGGAUUGCCACAACGUCGAAGAUUAUCGUGACAUGAUGGCUACGGAGGAACUCUACGAGGUGGAGAGAAUAGUAGGCAAGCGUAAGAACAAAAAGGGCAAGACUGAGUACCUGGUCCGCUGGAGAGGCUACGGCUUUGAGGGAGACACCUGGGAGCCGGAGAAUCACCUGUCAAGCUGCAUCGAGUUCAUCCAUGAAUUUAAUCGGCAACACAGCGAGAAGCAAAAAGACGGCGCUUUACUCCGUUCCACGCGCAGCUCUCCCAACACAGCCGGAGGCAACACUAGCAUCAACGCUCGCAAACAAAUCAGCAGGCCUCAGCAGCCCUCAGCGAGUCCUAACACAGCGAAGACCUCUCCACCCACCCAGAGCACACCCUCCACAAAACGGCUUCAGCCAGCACAGCAUUCACCACACAACAGUGAUACGCAGCAGCAGAAGGGUAAGCGUUCGGCUGGUGUGAGUAGCACCGGUGUUACAAGCACAGUUACUGACACUGCUCCGACGGCAGCGCCGCCCGCUGCUCCAACUGUGAGCGCGCUGCGCCGUAGUAUGGACCUGGCUAAAUCUGGCAUCAAAAUCCUAGUGCCAAAGAGCCCAAUGAACAGCCGCACAGACACAGAGGAGUCUCCCAGUGAAGCGGCGCAAAGUCUGGAGCAGGGAGGCCAAGAGCCAGAUGCUGUGCCCCCUGAAGUGGCCUUACUGGAGAAACCUGCCAUAGUUGUGCGUGUACCAGGAGAGGAGCGGGCUCGUAUGGGCACGAGGCCCAGAACGCAUACAGCCCUUCCGCCACCGCAGAUUCCCAUUACCCCUGCUGCCGUCCGCACGUUAAACGGGAAAGGAGUGACAACCCUCAUGGAGGCCUCGUCUGCAAAUGGAACAGCCAUUACUCAGAGUGGUGCGGCAGGAGUGAUGAGCAGCUCAGGGCUGACAGGCAAAAGGCGUUUUGAGGACCGUGCAACUUUCGACAAGCGUCUGCGCUUCAGUGUUCGUCAAACUGAGAGUGCUUACCGCUACAGGGACAUAGUAGUUAAGAAACAAGAUGGUUUUACACACAUUCUGUUUUCUACAAAGACCUCGGAGAACAACUCACUGAACCCUGAUGUAAUGAAAGAGGUUCAGAGUGCCAUGGCCACAGCUGCAGCUGACGACAGUAAACUUGUUCUACUGAGCGCCGUGGGAAACGUCUUCUGCUUUGGCCUCGACUUCAUCUACUUUAUUAGGCGGCUCACGGAUGACAGGAAAAAAGAAAGCAUUAAAAUGGCGGAGACAAUCAGAACUUUCGUCAACACAUUCAUCCAGUUCAAGAAGCCCAUCAUUGCUGCUGUGAAUGGCCCUGCUAUUGGCCUCGGAGCAUCUAUCUUGCCUCUGUGUGAUGUCAUCUGGGCCAACGAGAAAGCUUGGUUCCAGACUCCUUACACAAUCUUUGGCCAAACCCCAGACGCCUGCUCCUCUGUAACAUUCCCUCUCAUCAUGGGAGUCGCCUCAGCUAAUGAAAUGCUACUGAGCGGGAGGAAGUUGACAGCUCAGGAGGCUUGUGCCAAAGGACUCGUGUCCCAGGUUCUGUGGCCAGGGACCUUCACACAGGAAGUCAUGGUCCGCAUUAAGGAGCUAGUAUCUUGUAAUUCAGUUGUUCUGCGCGAGUCCAAAGCACUGGUGAGGAACAUUAACCGGGCCGCCCUGGAGCAGGCCAACGAGCGGGAAUGUGAGGCACUUAAGAGGGUCUGGGGCUCUCCUCAGGGCAUGGACUCCAUACUCAAAUAUCUCCAGAAGAAAAUCGAUGAAUUCUAAGUCACUUAAAUGUCCUACGGGUGUCACAACCUCCAUCCUCAAGUGCCUGAUGUUAUUUAAACAAGGUUUGUCAGUGGUUACUUUCUUAGAUGGAACUCCCCAGACUCGGCACGGUCAAACCCGCACUUCAUCUUCGUCCAGGACGUAUUUCCUUUUCAUCAGACUGCAGAAAGCAGCGUCUCACUCUGCUACACUUGAUUAUGACUUCAAUGCAAAGUCUGUGAUAAAUCUUGCACUGCGCAGAAGGACCGAAUGCCUCGAUAUGUCUAAAUUCCUGUCAUCUUUCAGCUCAAUCUCUGUUGUUUCAGGACAAGUAAUGACUUUGUCAUAGAGGUAAUAUGGAUUUGGGCUACUUUUUGACACACCACCUAUGCAGACUGAUUGAGGAAAGAAGGAUAAUGUCAGUUUAAUUUAAGAAAGGGAUGCAUGAGACUUCAACGAGUUGCGCUAAACUAACGGAUUGCAUUUAGAAUCAAGUCUUUAGUGGGUAGCAGGCUUUUCUUUAGUAGGUACUUUUUUUAUUCAGAAACUACAAGUCAUCUCAAGCCUUGAAUAUUCAGGCAAAUCUUGCUGGCAUUUACAUCGGCCAGCCCUUCGAAGUCAUUUUUAAGAAUGGAAACAAGAAAACAGACAGCUUUGAGAUUUAGCAUCAGUGCUGUUUCUUGAAACUACUAAUUGAAUUUCUGAUUUAUACAAUGAUCAAAUGAACAAAAUGAGGAUUUGCAAGGCGCUGGCUUAGUGGGAAUUAACAGUUAUUUGUAUCAAAGUUAACUUUUGUACCUGGCUUAAUUUUAAAAGUUUUCUGCUUAGAAUUUCAUUUGUAUGCAUACAAACUGUUUGCUUUUUUUGAAUAAGAUACCACCAAAUAAUUUUGAUGUAAAUGUUGUUGACACAAUAUUUCUAAUUUAAUAACUUAUGACAUUGUGAAUGAGGGGUGUUCCUCAUGAGUCAAUAAAGGAUGCUGGCGUUUUAAAUUUGCAUCCUUUUUUUUCUGCUGGUUCAAACAGACCGGACUGCUGUAUCAUCAGAAGAGCCCUGGAGAUCCAACAACCAUCUCUGAGGGAAGAUCCUACUGAAAUCCACCCUGAACAUCUGUAGUGACUAGCUAGUAUGCACUGUCUGUUAUUAAAUAGAAUGGCUUUUUUUUUUUCUUUUUUUUUUUUCCAUAAUUUUUUUGUGGGUAGGGAUUGCGUUAGAAAAUGGGUUGCCAGAUUGUGGGUGUCUACAUAAAAUGCAUAACAAAAUGUGACUUUGCAAACGUUUUUUUUUUUUUUUUUUUUUUUUCCCCCCAGUGCUAAAGUCCUACCUCUCAAAAUCCCCAUUUUUAUUUUUUUAGUAAUUAAGCGCCUGUUCAAACUGUUAAAAUAUCAUUUCUGGUACAGAUUAUCUAUGCACUAUUUCUUACUCAACUCCAAACGUAUCCAAAUUGGUCACAUACUUUAACUGAAAUAUUACUUCAGGUAAGCCCCAAUAAUAAAAUGUGUAACUUAUAUAUGUUAUUAAUUGUGUUCAGUAUUUAUUGACCAUAGAUAGAGUUUGCUGAAGUGGUUCCUUAACAUGGAUUAACAGAUGCUUGUGUUUUCCCCUUCCCAAAUGAAUUCUUGUUUACGAAAUUAUAUUUAUGAUUGUGGAUAGAAUUGUUUUCUUUCUAUUAUACUUAUUGCUUUUGUUCAGUUCUUAUUUUUAUUGGAGAGUUUUCCAAAACAAUGUGGCGGGUGCAUUGUGACAUUAAUAAUGUCUUUUGUAUUUUAACUUGUGAUAUGGAAACUCUUAUAAACUGUCAAUGAAACUAGUUUUGAUCUGUGAUAAUUACCAUUUAAUAUCUGUUAAUAUCCCUGAAAGACAAAACCCAGAAACACAUCCUAAUUUUCUUAAUGCAGCUUUGCAAGAUCUGAAUUUUGUUUGUGAUUAUUUUUUUUUGUAAAUUUAUGACAUUUGAGCUCAACCCUCUUCUCUAUUAUGGAUGUCUUUUGAAUUCUGUAUACAGGGUGUUGUAGUUUGAUGUAAAACAUUGCUGACUCUAUACAUGAGGAAAAAAUAACUUUGUUCCAGUCUCUUCACUGACAAAAGUAUAUCUGUUAUCAGCAUUUUCUGACUUUCAGCAUAGCUGUACAUAUGUGAUCUGCCUUUAGUUUCAAAUGCUGGUCAAAACUAGAUUAUUUUAUAUAUAUAAUGGCAAGGCUUAUUUCUUAUAGUUGAUAUACUAAAUGCUAUAAAUUGUACAAUCUGUAAAGAUUAUUUUUAGGUUUCUGAACAUGUAACAGCUGUGAAAAUGACUGGUCCAAAUAAAUUGAUGAUAUUCUAUACUUUUUUUUUUUACUUACUC